AAUAAAGAGUGAAAAAUAACGGUGAAAACUGGUAGAAAGAAUGACAAGUAGUCUCAUUUUUGGUGAAUCGUCAACGUCACUGCAAACGUCUAUUGUAUGUCGGACUUAAAAUUAUUCAUCCGCGGUGUAUGCUGAGUUGGCACUCUUGACGAAGAUAAAUGUUACAUUCUAAUGAUGUAUAUGAUGGAACCGUGAAUUCAAAGUGUAGCUCAAUUAUUUUAAAUAUUUGUACUUAAUGAGCUAUGAGUGGACAGAAAUUUCAAUAUGACGAAAGCGGAGGGACGUUUUUCUAUUUUCUGCUUUCCUUUUUGGCACUUCUCUUGAUACCUGGAACGUAUUAUCUAUGGCCACGUUGUCCGAAACAAGAUCCGGAUAAAGAUUCGAAAGAAUGUCAGUGCGAUGGAUGUAAAAAGAAAAAAAUCAUUUUACAAUCGAAUGAACCUUGGAAAGAAACUAAGGCAUUGUUUACAAAGUUUUUGAUUAUUUUGGGAUGGAUCAUUCUUAUUUUACUUGCUUAUAAAGUAUCUCAAUUUGAUUAUGAAAUGGCAAACUUUGAUCCAUUUGAAAUACUGGGAGUUUCUCCUGGUUCAUCACAAGGUGAGAUUAAAAAAGCAUAUCGUAAACUUUCAUUGAUAUUACAUCCAGAUAAGGAAACAGGAAAUGAAAAAGCAUUUAUGAAGUUAACUAAAGCUUAUCAGGCUUUGACGGAUGAUGAAGCACGAAAAAAUUGGGAAAAAUAUGGAAAUCCAGAUGGUCCAGGUGCAAUGAGCUUUGGAAUUGCUUUGCCUUCUUGGAUAGUUGAAAAAGAAAAUUCAGUUUGGGUUUUAGGUUUAUAUGCAUUGGUUUUUAUGGUAGCUUUACCUACAGUCGUUGGAACAUGGUGGUAUAAAAGUAUUCGUUAUACAGGAGAUCAAGUUUUAUUGGCUACAACUGAAACAUAUUACUACUUUUUUAUUAAAACUCCGUCGAUGACUUUAAAGAGAGUUAUUAUGAUUCUUGCUGCAUCUUUUGAGUUCUGUAAGAAACGUAAUGCAGAAAUAAUUGAAAGACAUACGGACAUUGAAGAAGUUCCUUCGCUUAUUAAGCAAAUAACUAAUUUAGGAGAAAAAAAUAAAGAAGUACCAUUAUGUCAUCUGUAUUCAAUAAAAGCUAGAGCUUUACUUCAUGCACAUUUAUCACGUAUACCAUUAAAUCCGGAAACAUUAGAUAAAGAUAGACAGUAUAUUGUAAAGAAAUGUCCAUAUUUAAUCCAAGAAAUGGUUGCAUGUGUUAAUCAAGUCAUUUUUCUAGCUUAUGCAAAACGAGUUCCACGAGUACCCAGUAUAAAAACUAUAGAAAAUUGUAUGAAACUAUGUCCAAUGAUUGUUCAAGCAUUCUGGGAAUUUAAAAAUCCUCUUCUUCAACUUCCACAUAUUUCCGAAGAUAAUUUAAAAUACUUUUUAGCCAAAAAGCGCCAAAUUAAGAGCCUUCAACAAUUUGCACAAUUAAAAGGAGAGGAAAGAAGACUGAUUCUUAGAAACUUGACCGACAGUCAAUAUGAAGAUGUUAUGAAAGUUCUUGGAAAUAUGCCAUACAUAGAAUUCAAAGUACGAUCUGAAGUAAUUGAUGAUGAAAAUCCAACAGUGUAUACUGCUGGGGCGAUAGUAACAGUAACAGUAUCAUUAACACGCAAAGAUAUGAAACAUUUGUUUGGCGAUGAGACUGUUAAAGAACAAACUAUGAUAGAUGACAUUAAAGUUAGCGGAGAAGUAACAAGCAACGAAGGUACAGAGGAACAAAGUCAGUCUGUGAAGAAACCUGCAUGGCUUAGACAAAAAAAGGGCCAGAAGAAACCUCAUAAAAAAGGUACCAAUAAAAAAACAGUCCCUGUAAAAAAUAUACAAGCUCAAGGACAGACAACACAGCAGAGUAAUAAUAAUACACAGCAAAGUAAUACACCAAACACAAACAAAAAGAAAGAAGACAAAAUAGAAAAAGAGUCUUCCAAAGAAAAAUCUGAUGUUAGUGACAGCGAAGCUGAUAGUGAUAGAAGUGAUGAUGAAGACAGUAAUGAUAAGAAAGAUAUAGGUAUUGAUGAUGACGAUACAGAGUGGGAAAGAUUUCAACAAAGAAUUUCUAAAAGAGAAAGAGUUUUGGAAGGAAGAAGUAAUUUGUCACACGAAGUACAUUGUCCACUUUUUCCUGAUGUUAAACAAGAAUACUGGUGGGUUUAUAUCUGUGAUCGUAAAAGUCAGACUUUACUGACAACUCCAGUACACGUAACAUCUUUAGCACAAUCGGAGGAGGUACAACUGCGUUUUACAGCACCACGUUGGCCGGGAUUAUACACAUUUACCGUAUGCUUACGCAGCGAUUCAUAUCUUGGGUUUGAUCAAGCGCAAGAUAUUAAGUUGGAUGUAAAAGAAGCUCCCGAAGUACCAACGGAGCAUCCUCAAUGGGAUAUUUCGGAUGAAGAAACUGCAGAGGAUGUGGAUGCAGCUGAUGAACAUUCCGAGUUCACAACUGAUGAAGAUAUCAGUGAUAAUGAGUAAUAUCUUUUUAUCUUAUGUGAUCGGAUGAGUGGAUAUUCUAAAAAUUCUCACUUCUUCUCUUUUUUUACUGGUUAAGUUAAUGUACAUUUGUCUUUUAUACAUGGAAUUGCAUAAUCGUUGAUGUAUGUGGACAAUCUAGGAACUAGUACGGUGUGUAAUAUUUCUCAAUUACGAGAAAGUAAUAGCAAAUAAAGAACAUGAUAUUUAUUUUAA